AUGGCUAGCAAAAGAAAACGAUUAACUUUAAAAGAAAAAAUAGACAUUCUGGAAUUUCGAACAUUAAAUACAAUGGGCGUUCGUGCAUUAGCAGACAAAUUUAGUGUUAGUAAAACACAAAUUGCUGAUAUUAUAGCAAAUAAAGACGCUCUUUACAAAAUUUGGGCUGAAAAUGGAGAAGAGAAACGGAAAUGGACAAAGCUACAAAAAACAGAAACCUCUAUAAUCGACAAUGAAGUAUUAAACUGGUUUUCAAAAUUACGAGAAAAAAAUCUUCCUGUUUCAGGACCGAUGCUUCAAGAAAAAAGUAAGCAAAUCGCUGAAAUGCACGGAUUUGAUUUUAAAGGCUCUAAUGGCUGGCUUGAAAAAUUUCGGAAAAGAAAUAAUAUUUCUUUUAAAUCAGUUUGUGGUGAAGCAGCAAGUGUUGAUGAAGAGGCCGUCAAUAACUGGAAAAUGAAACGGGAUUGUUUUAUAGAGUUCUACCUGAUAAAACCAUGGCGUUUAAAAAUGAGAUAUGUACGAAAAGAACGUUUAACUGUACUUUUGUGUUCUAACAUGUUGGGUGAGUUUGAACGGCCAGUCGUCAUAGGCAAAGCUAAACGUCCACGAGCCUUCAAAAAAUUGGAUAUUAACAACUUUCCCGUCGAUUGGUAUUGGAACAAAAAAGCCUGGAUGACGACUGAAAUAAUGACUGAGUGGCUUAUGAAAUUUGAUAACAGAAUGGGUCAAAAUAAAAGAAAAGUUUUACUCUUUUUAGACAACGCGGCUCCUCAUCCACAUUUAAAAAUGAAAAAUAUUGAACUUGUGUUUUUUCCACCUAACAUGACAUCUCAUUGUCAACCGCUUGACCAAGGAGUAAUCCAUCAGUUUAAGAAAUUAUAUCGUACGCAAUUGUUACGUAAAGCUGUUGCCGAUUUGGAUGCCAAUUCAAGUCAACCUAUCAACGUGUUGGAUGCAAUUUACUGGGUGUCUUCAUCUUCAAAAAACAUUCAACCCGAAACAGUGAAGAAAUGCUUUUUGCGGUCCGGCUUUAGGCACCGUAAUAACAAUGUUACAGACGUUGAUGAUCUACUUACACCGAUAGAAGAACUUGGCAAUCUUAUUAAAGUGAUUGACAAUACAAUUACGGAAAAUGACUACAUAACACUAGACGAUUGCGUAGAGACUUACGAUGCCGAUAUCGAAAAUUCAUCUGAUACUACGAGCAUGUCUACACAAAAUAAAGAAGAAAGUGAUGAAGAAAAUGAUGGGUCUGAAGAUCAAGAAAUUCCAAAAAUAAGAAGUCUACGAGAGGCAUUGCUAGCAGUAAAAGACAUACGUAAAUAUAUUUCUUCUAUCGAGGUGCAGAAUAGUUCAUUGUUCUCAAACACAGUCCAAUUAGAAAAUGCCUUAACAUACGAAAUAACUACGCCUGCAAUUAGUAAACAAACUAAAGUAACAGAUUUUUUUCAGAAAUUCGUGAUGAUAAAAAAAGCAAAAGAAAUGGAUCUACCAUGCCCACUAAAUUGUCGGUUGAAAUUCAAUGGCAGAGUGAAUGAAGAGGAAUACUCGUACAUUUUUAAUAAUGAAUAUAAUUAUGCUUUUUUCAAACCCAAGAAAGAUAUGUGUGAUAUAAUAUGUGAAAAAUACAGACUAUCAACACCAGAACAAAAAAAUAAUUUACAAAUUGAAUAUGAUGAGCACAUCUCUAAUAAAAUUUUGACAAAAAAAAAGAAAAAACGCUGA